AUGCAGCAGUGGAAGAGCGGAAGGCUGCACAUUGACUAUGGAAGUUUGAGCGAACAAUCGUCAAGCCCUGAAGCAAGCAGGGAAGCGUUUGAAAGACAGCUCAAGUUCAAACCUCUUCCUCGCAAAGCACUGAUCGAAGCCAACAAUCUCUUGGUACCUGCCACUGUUCCUCCGCCUCUUUCUGACCGUGAGAAGCUCUCAAGAGAUGGGAUGCCGUUCGUAUCUCGUCAUAGGUGGUGCGAAGUCCGUAAGACGGGAGAGAUUGCAUCGCUAGAGGAGGAGGACUCUCUAUCUCAGCCAGAAGGCUGCUCACCUUGCUUAUCAGCGGCCUUUGAGACCAGCCACGGCGUUCAUUGCUCGGCAACCCUCGGCGACGAGAGCGAGCAGACAGGACGUGGCUCGUUCGGCGGCCGACUCUCGGUCCUUGUUGUGCUUGCUUGUAGCUCAGCUCACAAGGUGGCAGAGAAAGGCGUUGCCAUGCUCCAGCAGGACCUCCAGCAGCAAAGUGACUUGAACUCGCGCCCGGCUCCUUUCGCGUCGUCAGGCCCUCAGCGUCGUAACGCUCGGGAGAAGUCAGAGGUGCUGGGCGUCAGCGAGCAGAUGAGGAGAGGCGAGGAAGGUCCUCAGACUCGUCGUCCGCCACUCGAGACUGUGGGACCAAAGAUGUCGCAGGUGGCAAUGAACUUAUCGAUGUUCGCGAUGAUGAACAAAAACUAUUGUGAUGCCGUCAACAAUGUGGGGGGACGAUGA